UCGCGGAAGAGCGAGGAGUGCGAGAGAGGCCUUGCGAAUUUAUAAGCAAGCGAGAUAGCAAAAGGAGGUGCGCUUCGCGUAGAAGAGGAGGAAAACGUCCCAAGUGUGUAGAGUAUUAGGCGUCAGCUUAGUAUAAUAGAAGCAAGUGGUGUGUGCAGUGUUGUAUCGUGGGUGUCGUGAGACUCGUGAUAGAGGCGCAUAGACGAGGCGAGAGAGGAAAGAAUGUGCUGGUGAAAAUAUGGCGCUGUGAAAUGGCUGGACGGAGGUCGGUCCUGAGCGCGGAGAGCCUCACCAGCAACACGAGCGCUGCUCCACUCGGACACCAUCACCACCAACAACAACAACAACAGCAACAACAGCAGCAGCAGCUGCUGCUGCUAUCCCAAGGAGGCGGAGGACCAGGAGCUAAUGCUGGAUCGUCAGCUGCUGGUGCGGGUAGUGUCGACCCACUGAGAGAGCUCUUCGAGGCCUGCAAAACCGGCGACCUUGGCCGCGUCAAGAAACUCGUCAACUCCAAAACGGUCAACGCCCGCGACACUGCCGGACGCAAGUCCACACCUCUGCACUUUGCUGCUGGUUACGGAAGGAGAGAGGUCGUGGAGUAUCUACUAGUGGCUGGAGCAUCGAUUCAAGCCAGAGAUGAUGGAGGCCUGCAUCCUUUGCACAAUGCCUGUUCCUUUGGUCACUCUGACGUUGUAAGACUUUUACUUGAAGCUGGAGCCAAUCCAAACACCAGGGACAAUUGGAAUUACACUCCUUUGCAUGAAGCUGCUAUUAAGGGUAAGAUAGACGUGUGUAUAGCAUUGCUACAACACGGCGCGGAUCCAAAUAUCCGCAACACUGAGGGUAAGACUGCUUUAGAAUUAGCGGAUCCAGCAACAAAGUUAGUUUUAACAGGUGAGUACAAAAAGGACGAGCUGUUGGAAGCCGCGAGGUCGGGCAACGAAGAAAGGCUCGUCCAGUUACUAAAUCCUCUCAAUGUAAACUGCCACGCCAGCGAUGGUCGUCGGUCAACUCCGUUGCAUUUAGCGGCUGGUUACAAUCGCUUACUAAUCGUGAGAACGCUCUUGCAAAAUGGUGCGGACGUACAUGCCAAAGAUAAAGGGGGUUUAGUGCCGUUGCACAACGCUUGUUCAUACGGACAUUUUGAGGUGACGGAAACGCUGAUGAAACACGGAGCAGCGGUGAACGCGAGCGAUCUCUGGGCGUUUACGCCACUGCACGAGGCAGCAAGUAAAUCCAGAGCAGAAGUGUGCUCUUUGCUAUUGAGCGAAGGUGCCGAUCCGACACAGCUCAACUGCCAUGGCAAGAGCGCCAUCGACGUGGCACCUACGCUAGAACUCCAAGAAAGAUUAGCUUACGAGUACAAGGGCCACUGUCUACUAGACGCUUGUAGACAGGCCGAUCCGACCAAGAUAAAAAAGUACCUGUCUGCCGAGGUGGCUAACUUUAAGCAUCCGUUCACGGGGGACACGCCGAUGCAUUGCGCGGUAGCGUCCCCCUACCCUAAGCGUAAACAAAUCGUCGAAAUGCUAAUAAGGAAAAAUGCGCCGUUAAAUGAGAAGAACAAAAACUUUGUUGCACCAUUACACGUGGCCGCCGAUCAAGGCCACCUCGACGUCAUGGAGGUGCUAAUACUUCACAAUGCCAAGAUCAAUGUGCUCGAUGGACUUGGUCAGACGGCCUUGCACAGAUGCGCAAGGGAAGACAAUGUGCAAGCUUGCAGGAUACUCUUGAGCAACGGCAUUGACCAAAAGACCGUGUCUCUUCAAGGUUACACGGCGGCCCAGGUUGCUGCGGAGAACGUUCUCAAAAUGUUACAAGAUCCAGCGAGCAGGUCCAACGACAUUGAAAGCCAGCUGCUGGAGGCGAGUAAGGCGGGAGAUCUACCAGCGGUCGAGCGAAUCCUCCAGGCCAAUCCUCACGCCGUCAACUGUCGCGACCUUGACGGUCGACACUCUACGCCUCUACACUUUGCUGCUGGCUACAAUCGCGUCGCUGUCGUUGAAUAUCUCCUGGCUCAUGGCGCGGACGUGCACGCAAAGGACAAAGGAGGACUCGUUCCUCUGCACAACGCAUGUUCCUAUGGUCACUACGAGGUGACAGAGUUGCUGGUGAAACAUGGUGCCUCCGUCAACGUGGCCGAUUUGUGGAAGUUCACACCAUUGCACGAAGCCGCGGUAAAGGGCAAGUGCGAGAUUGUACGGCUGCUUUUACGCCACGGUGCUGACGCCACCAAAAAGAAUCGGGAUGGUGCGACACCGCUCGAUCUCGUACGCGAGGGUGAUCAGGACGUUGCCGACCUGCUCAGGGGUAAUAGUGCGCUACUCGAUGCUGCGAAAAAGGGAAAUCUGGCUAGGGUGCAAAGGCUCGUUACUCAGGAAAACAUCAACUGUAGGGAUGCACAGGGCAGGAAUAGCACGCCGCUACAUUUAGCGGCUGGUUAUAACAAUUUGGAGGUAGCCGAGUUUCUAUUGGAACGUGGUGCAGAUGUGAACGCGCAGGACAAGGGUGGCCUCAUACCCUUGCACAAUGCGUCGAGCUACGGACACUUGGACAUCGCAGCUCUGCUCAUCAAAUACAACACGGUGGUAAACGCUACUGACAAGUGGGGUUUCACGCCACUGCACGAAGCUGCUCAGAAGGGUAGGACGCAGCUUUGCGCUUUGUUAUUGGCCCACGGUGCCGAUCCUUUCUUGAAGAAUCAAGAAGGUCAGAGUCCUGUGGAUCUAGCCGGUGCUGAUGACGUGAGGAGUUUACUGCAGGACGCGAUGGCCUCGCAACAGGUUGUCCCAUCUCUGUCCUCUGUUGCUCUCAGCACCAGUGGAUCAAGCAGGUCGCCCAGCAGCGUUGCUGUUUCCCCACCGCCGUCGUUGAGUCAGGAAACAGUGAUAAUGCCAUCGGGUGUAGCAAUGACGCUAUGCGUACCGCUUUCUCGAAGAAGCUCGUGUAUCAGUCCUUUGGGCAUGGAGAACUGUGGCUCGGAACGAAGUGAACCAUCCUCGAAAGAUUCCUGCAUCUCCGUCGAUGAUACGCGCAUAGUCUCCGGAUCAGGCGGCAACGCCAUAACCAGCGUCGCAACCUUCCUGCAGAGCCUCGGCUUGGAACAUUUAUCAGAGUUAUUUGAGCGUGAGCAGAUAACUCUGGAUAUUUUGGCGGAGAUGGGCCACGAGGAUCUCAAGCAGGUUGGAAUUUUGGCUUACGGCUACCGGCACAAGCUCCUCAAGGGUAUGGAGAAGCUCCUCAACUCGACAGCCGGAUCGAUCUGGCAGCCGAGUAUCAGUCCUGGCACGCUUUUGGUUGAUUUACUUGCGGAGGAUAAGGAGUUUCUCGCUGUCGAGGAGGAGAUGCAGAGCACCAUCAGAGAACACAGGGAUAACGGCCAUUCGGGGGGCAUAUUUUCACGUUAUAAUAUCGUCAGGAUUCAAAAAGUUCAGAAUCGCAAACUCUGGGAACGUUACACCCAUCGUCGACAAGAGGUGGCAGAAGAGGUUGCGGUAAUGACAGGCUCCACUUCCCCUGGCGCGACGUCAACUCGCGUCAACGGCACAACGGCGAUUUCCCAGGCAAAUGAACGAAUGCUCUUCCACGGUAGUCCGUUUAUCAACGCCAUCGUACAAAAAGGCUUUGACGAACGUCACGCGUACAUUGGUGGUAUGUUUGGUGCUGGGAUAUAUUUUGCUGAGCACAGCAGCAAAAGUAAUCAGUACGUGUAUGGAAUUUGCGGUGGAACGGGAUGUCCUGUACACAAGGAUCGUAGUUGUUACAUUUGCCACAGGCAUUUGUUGUUGUGCCGGGUGACGUUGGGCAAAUCGUUCUUGCAGUUUUCGGCUAUGAAAAUGGCACACGCUCCACCAGGUCACCACAGCGUUAUGGGUCGACCGUCGCAGGGUGGCCUCGUCUUCCCCGAGUACGUCGUCUACAGAGGUGAACAAGCUUAUCCCGAGUAUCUAAUCACCUACCAGAUAGUGCGACCUCAACCGGAGGCCGGUCAACUUGGCGAAUCAGCCGAGGAGCGGUGAUCGUGACGCGUCGAAGGUGGUCUCGUCGUCGCUAAGCUCCGAAGUCUGUGCUGUUGCCAGCGGCCACUACGGUUCUGCGACUCUCUGUCCUGAGCGCUACUGCCUAUGUUUGAGCACGUAUGUAUGAGUCUUUUGAGAGAAAGAUUUUACUUCGAGAUGUUCGCUUUCACGAAAGGUUGUCAAUAAUAUUUGUUGCUUUGUUAAAAUACUUCGGCAAAUGAUAGUUGAAUUCCGUUAAGAUUUUGUUACUACAAUAUUAGAUUUCCAUUUGCAUAAUUUAUUUAUGUAAUUACUGUAUAUUUAUUUUGAAAUCUUCGAGUGAAAGUGUUCAAAGGUAUUUCUGUGUCUCAAGUGUUUAGAAUAUUCCCUUUGUUGGUCGUCAAAAAAAA